AAGGCCGAGGCUUGAAUACUAGUCUACGCAUGCGCUUCCAAGGAGGCCGGCGUUCUGCGCACGCGUGCACGGACGCGAGAGGCUGUCAACUACGCAUGCGCCCUUGAUUGGCGGGACUUUUCGGAAGCGGAAGCGCGGGUGGUGGCGCGGCUCGCGGACUGCUCCGUAGACGGCCGCAGUGGCGCAGAGGCUCGAAGGGCUACCUGUGGCGGCGAAGAGUGAUUUGCGGGCUUGUAUCUCAGGAGCGGAGGCUGCGGGCUAGACUGGCGUCUUCCCGAGGUCAGGAAGUCGCAGACCUUUCCACUAGACCCGCCGGCUCACACCCUCACCAGCUUCCUUGGCGUCGGACGUCUCCGCCCAGCCCAGACCGGUCGCCGCCCCCAGACUCUGGGGACCUGGGGCACUGCGGCCUCCUCCUGGGUGCUUCAUCCAGAAAUGACCUCAGUAUUUAGAUCAGAGACCAUGGAAGUGCUAGAAGAAGAACCGGUGACAUCUAAGACUCAAGAUCAUCAACUGGAAUCGGAUACCAUCCCUGUGGAAGUGUGUAAUAAAUCACCUGCCUCCCUGGAGAUAACUCAAGGCGUUUCAAAGGAAAGAAUUUACCUUGGCUCUAGCCCUAAAGUGGGAGGAAGUUGUGAUCUCAGCCACCAGGAAGGACUUCAGCCCAGGUCCCUUCAUUUGUCCCCCCAAGAACAAUCUCCCGAUCAUCAAGAUAAGAGUCAAUCUUGGAGGCGAGCAAGUAUGAAGGAAAUGAACCGGCGGAAGUCACUGCCUCCCUUUCAUCAGGGCAUCACAGAGCUCAGCAGAUCUAUCAGUGCCAACUUAGCAGAAAGCAAACGGCUUGGCGCUCUCCUGCUUUCCAGUUUCCAGUUCUCAGUUCAGAAACUUGAACCUUUCCUAAAGGACACUGAGGGCUUCAGUCUUGAAAGUUUUAGAGCCAAAGCAUCUUCCCUUUCUGAGGAAUUGAAACAUUUUGCAGAGAACCUGGAAAGUAAUGGAACUUUACAGAAAUGUUUUGAAGAUUCAAAAGGAAAAGCAUCAGAUUUGUCUCUGGAGACAUCAGUGGCUGAGAUGAAGGAAUACAUAACAAAAUUUUCUUUAGAACGUCAGUCUUGGGAUCAGCUCUUGCAACAAUACCAGAAGGAGGCCGAAGACAUCAUUUCCAGAGAAUCAGUUGAAACCAAAGUUCCCGAAGUUGAAGUGGAACCUGCAACAUAUCUUGGGUCUUCCCAGAGUGAAGUCCUUCACACAAAGCCUGACUACCAGAAGAUAUUGCAGAACCAGAACAAAAUCUUUGAUUAUAUGGAGUUGAUGAUGGAUGAACUACAGGGAUCAGUGAAGCAGCUGCAGGCUUUUAUGGAUGAAAGUACCCAGUGUCUCCAGAAGGUGUCAGUACAGCUUGGGAAGAGAAGCACACAGCAGUUAGAUCCGUCACCAGCUCGAAAACUGCUCAAGCUUCAACUGCGGAACCCACCAUUGCUCUAGAUCUUGUCAGUGACUUCAUGCAGCUUUCCUGCCAUAAGGUGCUCCAGAGGAGAGAAAUGGAAGAAUGCCCCAGCACAUGGUGAUUGCAUGGUGGUCUGAGCUGGUGAUAGCUGCCCUGUUGCCUUUGAGGAUAACUGGCUGAAUGUAGAGUACUUCAGUUUUUUUCUAAAAGUGACAGAACUUAUGCAUCUGAAAGAGUAGCAUAGAUACUUUUUCCAAGAAUGUGCAAAAUGCUUGCAACUUCUAUUGUGAAAUGACCUUGAGAACUAGUAGUCCAUUCUUUUAAAUAUCCUUCGUGGUCAGUAAUCUUCAUUUUGUGAAGGUGUUUUUUAGGUUUUGAAACAAUCCAGAGUCAUUCAGGACCAAAUCCAGGGACACAUUUUAGGGGUCAAGUUGGAUUCUGGUAGGAAAGGAAUGGGACUGAUUUUCUGGUAUGGCCCUGAAGGUGAUUUCAGGUAGUGAAGUUUUGAACAUUGUUUCCAUCACAUGGCUACGUGUAUCACUUCACACGAUGUCCAAAUUGAAGGAAAUACCACUUAUUCUCUGUCCUGUUAUCUACAGUGUGCUUUAGCUUUUAAUAUUGAAUUGAUAUCCUAAAUCCUGGAUUCAUAGCACAAAGAGGCUAAGUACUAUUUUUCAUUGUUCUCUAUUUUUAACAAUUUGCAUUAUAAAAUUGCACAUUAUUAAAA